AUGACCUAUACCAUACAGUACAGUAGCAUCGUGAAUCUCCUCAAUUUCACCGACCUAGCCCCCGAAGCUCACAGUGCAGCGAUACCAAGCACUUUCCGUGACCACCCUGAUCGCCGAUCACCGACCACCGUGGCCCCCAUCCUCAAAGCCUUUUCCCCCAGUGGCCGACCGGACGGGCAAUGGGGGAUGCCUCCUCUGUCGGCAUACACUUCGUUUGAAUCCCUUCUGUUUUUCCAGUCCCUAGCGACUUCGGAUUCCCGACCGACAAGCUUCGGCUCAAUAUCAACCUUCUUGCGAAACAACCAGCUCGUGCGCGAGAAUGUCGAUUUCGAUGCCGAUCGCCUGACCCCGGAGGCGCUAGAAGACCUCUACGCGACAUUAAUGCGCGACGGACUUAGUCGUGAUAGUGCGCCCUCGCUCAAUGGACGAUCCGCAGAUACCUCCAGUCCGCCUAAUACGAAGAAACGCAAGAUCUCCAGUCCGCGAUUAGAUGGAUUGGCUGGCGGAUUCACCCACACCACGCUCGUUCCAGAGCUAGUGGCACACCUUUACGACAAAUACAGGGAUCUGGUCACCACCGAAAUUAGGGACGAUGAGAAAAAGUAUACAGAAAUCAGGGCUGAGCUGGAACGGCUACAGCAGGAGGAUAGCAAAUCAGCCGCUGCGGCAGCUACAACAUUCACACCGGUACAACCGGUGUCUAUCGAAGGGAAGGAUGAUGUUCUGAAGGAAGAGGCGCCGCGCCCAGAUGUACAAGAUCAGACAGGUCAACCUCUUGCGACGACUAUCCCGCUCGACCAGGAGAAGGCGAAGCCCGAACCACAGCAGAUCCCAAUAAAUGUGCCCUCCACGACAAAGGAACCUCCGACAAUACACCCCGCCCCUCUUAUGAACCAACCUCAAGCUCCCCUUCCCCAAGCGCAAUCCCCGACACCCCAACCGCAAGACUUAGCUGGGCAAACACCUCAACCGCAGCCGACCACCACUCAUCCCAUACAAAAACCGUCCAUCCAACCUCCACUUGCUCCAUCUACCCAGAAACCCCCUCCAACCACACCAGCCGGUCCACGAGUCACCCCUGCACACCCGUCGCAAAUCGCACCUCGUGCCAAUCCCGUCCCACCUGCGCCCAUUGUUACGGCCCAGGCUAUUACCAAGCGACCUGUACCACCACUUUCCACCAACCCGCCUUUGCCAGGGUCACAAGCCCAGACUCCCAUCCAACCUCCUGUUCCACAAACACCCAGUGCCGUCCCGUCUACAGCUCACACACCUGUCCCAAUUGGCCGUCCGCGUGUUUCCCAAACCCCGAGCGCCACAUUCCCGUCUUUCUCUGAAACGCGCGCCUCUCAUCCACGCUUGUCAAUUGACACACAAGGCUCCUCCACACCGUGGAAGAGAACUCCUCGUCCGAGGAUUUCACGCUCUCCAAGCUCACCGCCACGGCCACGGCCGGAGGACGUUAGUCCCAUCAGUGAACGAGGCCAAUCACCUGUUGAUGCGAUGGAAAUGUCACCUCCGCCGAAGAUUAAUCUAGGCCAACGAACUCAAUCCGCAGAAGACAGGAAACCACAACGCGGCCAGCCUGACAUCAAACCCGCCCCCAUAAUCAAGACCGAGAAACUAGGUCCAAUUCGGAGGACGCGCGCCGUGAGUUCGGGCUCUUCUCGGAGUCGUGGGCGAUCCAUGGCUUCGCGCGAUGGGUCUGCUGCGCCAUCGGAAGAGACUAUGCGUGAACCACGAGCAACAGGCCGCCGAAAGGGUCCAACUGUUACCGCCGAUGAAGGGACCCCCAAACCGCGGACAAAACGUAAACGCGGCGCAAGUGAAGCAGUGGAACUUGAGCCCCACCCUGCGGAUAUCCCGAGAUUCGACACGACUCAGUAUGUCAUGGCUACGCGCAACUUCCACCGAACAGCGGCGCCGAUUAUGAACGAUGUAGCUACCCACAAGCUCGCCUCCAUAUUCGCCAAGCCAAUUAGCGAACGUGAUGCCCCUGGCUACCACGAUCUCAUCUACCGGCCAUCUGACCUCAAGUCAAUCAAAUCUGCCAUCCACCAGGGAAGCAAGGCCGUCGCUACUGCAGGAGAAGCAGCCAGCACUCCAGCUGGGGAUGGAGAAUCUCCCGCUCCUGGUGGCACACCGUCUAAAAGCGGCGUGCUCAUGUUGCAGAAGCAUGAGGAUUUCAUACCGCCCAAGGGAGUUGUGAACUCUGCACAACUGGAGAAAGAGUUGAUUCGCAUGUUCGCCAACGCGAUCAUGUUCAACCCCAUUCCGCAACGAGGAUUCGGGCCCGCCUUCCCCAUGUCCAGUGACCGUGGUUCACGAGAGAGUACUCAAGUGGCCGAUUCCGGCGAGGGCGGUAUCAUUCACGACUCGCUGGAGAUGUUUGAGGAUGUUCAGCAGGCUGUUACCCGAUGGCGGGCCGCUGAACGCACUGCUGAUGAAUUGGCUAAUAAGAAUGUCCUCUCCCUUCGGCGUGGAAGUCCCAGUGAACCCAACACUGACAGUACUGAUGAUGUGAAGGGGUGA